CAGGAAUACCGGGGGCCCGAGGAGGAUGGAGCCCGAGAUGGAGCCGGAGACUCUGGAGGCGCGAAUCAACAGAGCCACGAACCCCCUGAACAAGGAGCUGAACUGGGCCAGCAUCAACGGCUUCUGCGAGCAGCUCAAUGAGGACUUCGAGGGGCCUCCACUUGCCACCCGGCUGCUGGCGCACAAGAUUCAGUCCCCGCAGGAGUGGGAGGCCAUCCAGGCCCUGACGGUGCUGGAAACCUGCAUGAAGAGCUGCGGCAAGAGGUUCCACGACGAGGUGGGCAAGUUCCGCUUCCUCAAUGAACUCAUCAAGGUCGUGUCUCCCAAGUACCUGGGCUCUCGGACAUCAGAGAAGGUGAAGAGCAAGGUCUUGGAGCUGCUUUACAGCUGGACGGUUGGCCUGCCCGAGGAGGUGAAGAUCGCAGAGGCCUAUCAGAUGCUGAAGAAGCAGGGGAUUGUGAAAUCUGACCCCAAGCUUCCCGAUGGUGCUGCCUUCCCCCUUCCUCCUCCACGGCCCAAGAAUGUGAUCUUUGAAGAUGAGGAGAAAUCCAAGAUGCUGGCACGCCUGCUGAAAAGCUCGCACCCCGAGGACCUCCGAGCAGCCAACAAGCUCAUCAAGGAGAUGGUGCAGGAGGACCAGAAGCGGAUGGAGAAGAUCUCGAAGCGGGUGAAUGCCAUCGAGGAGGUGAACAACAACGUGAAGCUGCUGACGGAGAUGGUGAUGAGUCACAGCCAGGGCAGCUCCGCGCCGGGCAGCAGUGAGGACCUCAUGAAGGAACUGUACCAGCGCUGCGAGCGGAUGCGGCCCACGCUCUUCCGACUGGCCAGCGACACGGAGGACAAUGAUGAGGCCUUAGCGGAGAUCCUGCAGGCCAACGACAACCUCACGCGGGUGAUCAACCUCUACAAGCAGCUGGUGCAGGGCGAGGAGGCCAAUGGUGACGCCACUGGCCCCAUCCCAGGGAGUACCUCGGCCCUGCUGGACCUCUCAGGCCUGGAUCUCCCUCCUGCCAGCACCACCUACCCAUCCUUGCCCACCCACCCUGGCACCCAGGCCAGCCCUGAGCAGCCCAGUGCCUCCGUCUCUCUGCUUGACGACGAACUCAUGUCUCUGGGCCUAAGCGACCCCACACCCACUUCAGGCCCAGGCUUGGAUGGUGCUGGAUGGAAUAGCUUCCAGUCAUCUGAGAGCACCGAGCCCCCGGCCCCCAGCACGGACAGCCGGCCCCCAACGCAGACUCCCCUGCCGGCCAGCAGCGGUCUGGAUGACCUGGACCUCCUGGGAAAGACCCUCCUGCAGCAGUCGUUACCCCCUGAGGCCCAACAAGUGCGGUGGGAGAAGCAGCAGCCGGCGCCCCGGCUCACGCUCCGGGACUUGCAGAACAAGAGCAGCUGCAGCUCAUCCAGCUCCAGCGCCAGCAGCCUCCUGCACACUGUGUCCCCAGAGCCCCCGGGGCCUCUGCAGCAGCCCGUGCCCUCCGAGCCCUCAUUGGCCAACAUCACUGUGCCCCUGGAGUCCAUCAAACCCAGUAGCAUCUUGCCCGUGACCGUCUAUGACCAGCAUGGCUUCCGCGUCCUCUUCCACUUUGCCCGCGACCCGCUGCCAGGACGCUCUGAUGUGCUGGUGGUGGUGGUGUCCAUGCUGAGCACCGCCCCCCAGCCCAUCCGCAACAUUGUUUUUCAGUCAGCUGUCCCCAAGGUCAUGAAAGUCAAACUGCAGCCACCCUCAGGCACGGAGCUGCCAGCGUUUAACCCCAUCGUCCACCCGACAGCUAUCACCCAGGUCCUGCUCCUUGCCAACCCUCAGAAGGAGAAGGUGCGUCUGCGUUACAAGCUCAUCUUCACCAUGGGCGACCAGACCUACAAUGAGAUGGGGGAUGUGGACCAGUUCCCCCCACCCGAGACCUGGGGGAACCUCUAGAAAGAACAGAGGUUGGGGAGAGGAGGGGACAGAGGGCCUGGCCGGAGCAGGCUGGUGGAGGCUGUGGCAGCCUGGGACACCUUUGUCCCCAGGGCCACACACCCC